GUUCGAGGCGGGGAAUGUAGAUUGCAGCUCUGUUCGCGAAUGAGCUUUGGAUUGUAGCCAGGCAGGCAGUCUAGGUUAAGGGUACCUGUUCCUCGAUGGGCGUGAGAUUGAGGUGACAAUCGCUUGCAUCAUCAUCAAUAUGCCUGCAGCACUAGCAGGAGUAGUUUUUGCAACUGGGGGAGGGAGGGAUUGAUGGAGGGCGAGCAGAGGGGUGGAGUGUCCGCCGGUGUUGCAAGGUUUGGAGGAGUGGGACUCGGAGGAAUAGGACCCCCUCACCCCUGGGUAGCUGGAGCCGACGAAUAGAGAGAGCAGCGAAGGUGCACCGCAUCGGUUCAUUCAUGCUUCUAGGUACAUGUUUCUGCGCCUGUUGAGUGCAUCGCAGUUUGCCCUCGGAUUAACUCGUUGGGGAUGGAGUCUGGUUGCCGAGGGCUUCACCCAACUGUGCGGCGCUGAUGUCGAGGCAGCAUGCAUGACGACAGAGGAGGAAUUGAUUGGCUCGUUUGCAAGAGCUGCACGGUGUGUUGUACGAAAACCAGUUGAUGGAAUGGGUUUAAUUUAUGCCCAGCAGACUUUCAGCGCCCUCGAUGGUGGCUAUCAUGGCUUCUACAUUGACAAAGCAAAUGAUGAGGAUUCUCCACAGCGACCCGAAUGCACAGGGGGUGACCACUCCGGUCUCCAUGCAGAUGCGCAGCCGCAGAUCUUACCUUCUUACAGAUCUGCAGCAUCGGUUUUUGUGGAGUCGCUCUCGCUUACGACCAAAAGAAGACGGAUGCUAAACAAAAAUCCAGACAGAUAUUCUUUAGUGAGAGUUCCGGAGGUUGAUCAAGUGGACCUUAUCAAUGAUUUGCCAGAUGAGUGCCUGCAGGAAAUCUUUGGUUUCUUACCCAAGGUACAGGACCGCUGUGCUGCUGCUGCCGUUUGUAUGCGGUGGCUGAUGCUGCAGUCUCGAAUGCAACGAGGCGAUUUCAAGAUCGAAUCUGCUUCAAUGUGUAAAGGAGCAUGCACACAGGAUUACUUGUGUGCUACUAAGAAUGGUUCCAUGUCAGCCGCAGAGAAAUCCGAUGUCUGGAUGGAAGAGCUUUCAGAUGUUAGAGGUGAUUGGUCUGACGAGGCACCAAACGAUGACACAGUGGGGAAUGCAAAUGAAGUGCAUCCUUGUGGUAAUGAGAUAGACAUAGUUAUAGAUGGAGAACCACGGGUGCAAAUGCAGCCUCAAUGGGUAUGUGGUGAACUUUCUCGCAUCUUGCAAGGCAAGGAGGCCACGGAUGUGAUGCUUGCACUUGUGGCUAUUGGUGAACUUGCACGUGGGGGUCUUGUUGAUCUGAAAGUCAUUGGAGGGUUGGCUCGUGCCAGUAAAGGUAUCAGUGACAGCGGCCUCAUAGCUAUAGCAAACUGCUGUGCUGCUCUGAGGUCUCUCACUUUGUGGGGUUGCGAGAAUAUCACAGAUGUCGGUUUGGCAGCGAUUGGGAGUGGAUGUCGCUCAUUAGAGAAACUAAGCAUUAUGAAUUGUCCAGGAAUUGGCGAUCGGGGUUUGCAAGCCAUUGCGAAGGGUUGUCCUUUACUAUCCACGGUCAGCAUAGACUCUUGUUCUAAUGUUGGGGAUGCCAGUCUGAAGGCCUUGGGAAUAUGGAGUGGAUCUUUAUCUUCCUUUUGUCUGACAAACUGUCCAAUGGUGGGUAGUGCUGGCAUUUGUAUGAUUACUUUGGGUUGUAACAAGCUGACGAAAUUGAAGCUGGAAAAGUUACGAUUGAGCAACAAAGGAUUAAUUGCUAUAGGGGAUAACUGCAAGUUUGUUACGAGGAUGAAACUUGCGAAUCUUAGCUGGUGUACUGAAGAAGGAUUUCUUGGAUGUUUCGGAGGCUCUGGUCUAAAACAGUUGAAGUGUCUGCUGAUAACCUUUUGCCCUGGAUUCACAGACCUCACUCUGGAGAAGGUUGGAAAAGUUUGCCAAGACUUGGAAACGUGUGUUCUGACACAGUGCCAGUCAAUUACAGAUAGAGGCUUGCAAGGCUUAAUGCAGUGUUGUAUCCGUCUCGACAGUCUUCAGCUAGAGAGAUGUCAUGCAAUUACGAAUGCUGGUGUGCUGGCAGCCCUUGCACGGGGUAAGGGAAACCUCAGGAAGCUAAACCUUUCAAAGUGCGACAGUUUCUGGAAUGGGGGAAAGCGAGCUGAGGAGCUGCCUCUUAGAUGUCUCUCCUUGAAAACUCUAAAUGUUACCGAGUGUAAGAAUGUAGGAGUCGAGCCCAUCGUAACAAUGGGUCUCUGUUGUCCCUCGUUGGAGAAUUUGGACCUCAGUCAACUGACCGACCUUAAUGACGAAGCAAUAAUCUCCAUAAUAGAAGUUUGUGGGGAGCACCUUGUAAAUCUCAACCUCACCAACUGUAAAAACAUUACAGAUGUGGCUGUUGCCGCAAUUGCUUCUCGCUGUGGUGAUCUUGAGCGCCUGAUCCUGGAUGGUUGUUACCAAGUGGGCGAUAAUGGCCUGCAGACGUUGGCCACGGAGUGCCCUUUACUAAAAGAGCUGGAUCUUUCUGGAACUUCUAUCACGGACUCUGGUUUACGAUCUUUGGUUACUUCGCAGGGGCUGUUUCUCCAGGGCCUUACAUUUACAGGAUGCAUUAAUUUGACGGACGAGAGUCUGUCUUCGAUCGAAGAUUUCUGUCCUUUACUCGGGUCCCUUAACUUGCGAAAUUGCCCUCUUCUAACUAGAGAAGGGCUGAGUUCUCUCGAGUCCCAGCUCUGGUCUUGCGACGACUUUGUAAGCUCUUAAGAGCUUAACUGAUGGCUGUCCUUUAGGGCAUGCCACAUAACGCCAACAUGGGAAGUGUCGACCGUCGUAUUUUUGGAACUUUUUCUCGGCACAAAUGCUUUUGCGGUUUUCAUGUAGAAGAUACCAUCGAACCAUGGGUAAGCCAAUAAUUUCAGAUUCUUUGCGCAUUCAAGUGGAGUUUCCGAUGGGUUUUAUACGAUGUAACCUGUACGAAGGGGAGUAUAGAAGAAGUGUUGGAUGACAUGCCGGGAACCUGAUACUGAAUGGAGUUCUAGUACAGAAGUGACGCCAAUGGAGGCAAACGAUAUGUACACCUGGGUUCCACAACUGCUAUUUUUGCAGUCAAUCAUCUAUCUGAUGAUGUCUGCUUUGUUUCAGGAGCAGUCAUGCAUUUAGAAUGCAUGUUUUUUUAUGUGGUCUCAGAGAACUGCCGAUUCUUCCUCAUCUUACCGUCUUGGUAGAGUAGAGAGGAUUUUUUCUUGUUCCCAUGGUAACCAGUUAGCAUCAUCUUCGUUUGUAACAAAAGAAUUAGGGGAGGUAGUAGUCACCAGGUGUUAGUGUGUCUUGGGAAUGGGAGUGGAUGCUCACAACCUCAUUAUAUUUGCUCUAUCCCCGACGAGCUUGUUUCGGGAUUCUCCGACACAACUACAAGUUUUUUUUGCAGGCUCCUAGGUGCAAGAGCUCUAGAUCUGAACAGGAAUAGAAUUACGUUUGUGUGAUCACUGAAGAUUUUUUCAGUUUCGUGUGAUGACGAUUAUGACGAUGACUUUAAUCAAAGACAUCAACUACCAGAAUGUACUUCUGCACUUUGUAUUGAGUAAAUGUUUCGUCUUAACACUUG